ACCCACUGGCUCUACGUCGAGGGGAGAGAGGAAAGUCAAGAGAAACAACCAGGCGGCACCCUCCUGGUCUAGAGCGCAUUACCCCGCCUCGACGUCAGGAAGAGCGCAGCCAACAGUGGGGGGACGGAGCCUCCACCGUACACAGACAGAUACAGACUCAAGCUGGCGGAAAACAGGAAUGCCAAGAUGCCUCCGGGCGGCUCUGCACGACUAGCGGGGCUGCUGCUGGCCCUCACAGGACUCCAGACGGCGAACGCGGCCUUCCCGGAGAGUUUUGCGUACAAAUGCCAGAGCAACAAGUGUCUGUACACGACAGACACGUCCGGGACGCUGUAUACGGACCCUGUGGACUGCGUUAAAGAGUGCCGCACGUCGGAUCUGCAGAAUGUGGACGAAGGCAGCGACCUCUCGGACGUGGCCAGCAUGACGGUGACCUCGUCACUCAACGGCACGUGCUCCAACUGCUCGCUCGUGGUCUCGUCCACCUACAAUUUUCCCCAGAUGCUCGAGACGUUUGACCUUACGACCGAAUCCGUGGCUUCCUCGUCCUGUAAUUUUACGUGCGAGAUCACACUGGACACGCCCACGCUUUGGAUACUGGAAGGCUCGUCAUCGGACUGUUUUGCAGGCACAAAAGACACAGAUGUGGACUGUUCCAGAGACGGAAAUGCUACCAUUAUGUCGCUGGACGCAGACGCGCUCGGAGUUUUAAUGUCGGUACAUAACAGUUAUGAGUUCUUAGUGGACCAAGUAACGACAAGACUGGGACCAGGCACGUUCUCGGAGGACACGACGUUGUCGGUAAAGUUUGAGGGAACAGGGUGUAUCGCGUCGUCCAGCAAUACUCAACAGGCUUUCCAGCUGGACUUGACGUCGGAUUCUUACGAACUUAUCGGCACGUUCACGAACACAGCGAUGGUAGCGGACAACCCCGUUAUUAUGAGCUCAACGCCCGUGACAUUAAGUGUCACAAGCGGCGCUGUGCUCAGUGCAGGCGCCUUCUUUUUGCUCCGUGUAGCAAGCGACAAGGAAAGCGAGUUCGGGACUCUGAUUGACAAUGUGUCCACGGCUUCGAUGCUGCUACCAGACUCUAAAAGUUCGUCUCCAGUAGAACUGGAACUCUAUGUUGGUGCGUCCAAUAUUUCGUUCACGAUCCCAGAUUCUUUCACAGGCAGUAUCCAGAACGGAGACACAGUCAAUAUUACGUUCCAGACGUUCCAGAAUCCAGCCAACAGCUCGGUGGCUAUUGAUAAAGUGUACCUAUCAGCAUAUCAAGGUCUGGCUUCGGCGGUGGAUAACUCCCCUAUCAAGUUCUAUUCACUAGAUGAUGCCAGUCGAUCACUGAAGGCAGCGCCGUUGGAUAUCGUAACUGUGGUGGUGUAUGGCGCGUGCUUCCUGUUCUCUCUUGUGAUCAUCCGAUGGCACGGCUUGCCGCUGACUGUAAACACGCUUUGGACGGACUUGGUGGCUAUUACAGCGCUGUUUUCCUUUGCUGCAGGCACUGGAGGAUUCCUGGUGUGGGUUAUCCAGCCGUCCAAGGCGUACGUUCAUUGGUAUACAGCUCAGUAUUUCUUCAAUACGGCCAUGAUCCUGUCAUUAUGCUUCCACUGGGCUACAGUGCUGUCGUUCAAGUGCUUCAAGAAGCUCAGUUUCACGUCGCCUGUUGUGUUGGCCUACGUCUUGAUCAAUGCGUGUGUAUUGGCGUUCAUUGUAGCGGUGUCGUCAAUGGCAGAAGAGCAACUGGAGUGCGUGUACGACGUCAAGUCCACGUCGUGUUCGUCUGAAGAGGAGUGCGCUCUAUCAAUCGCUGCAGAGGGAAAGAUCGUUCGGUCUGCCAUUGAGGAGUGCGAUAUGGAGGCAUUCUACUUGGCUUUUGGUACGGGUUUCCUGGUCUACACGUUGAUGCUGAUGGUGCUUGGUUGCAUGGUCAUGAGCCGCGGACGAACAUUGAUGCUGAAUGAAGAUCCAUCGGACGCUCGCAUCCGCAAGAGUCUCACGAUCUUCUAUGCUAUUAUUGCCACAACUUGUGUCCUCUACGUGUCGGCACAGGUCAUCUACAUCGCGCAGUAUGUGUCGCACAAGGGCGAGGAUAACCAGCUCUCGGACGCAGUGUGGUACAUCUUCAUCGUGUGGCUGCCGCACAGUCUUCCGCCGCUUCUGCUACUCUUCUUGCAGUGGAAUCCAAGCACAGAGAACUUCCGACAGGACGAAGCGCCUUCGGUUGACCAGAGCUCCAAGGAAGAUGUGUUCAACUACACUCCACGCUCGUCUGGAUCGUCGAGCCACAUGCCGUACUCGAAGCUGCUGCGCGACCGCUUAAGUAUGGGUGACUCGCUGCUGAACAACGACGAACCCGGCAGUCGCUUGCGGCUCAUCGUGAGGCUAAAGCUACCGGCGUCUUUCGAUCGUGCGUGCUUUGUGUCACUCGACUUUUACUCGUCGAAGGAGACGAUUACAUCCAGUAAUUCGCUGCACAGUAUAUCGAAUGCAGCAGCCUGGAAAUGCGUAGGCACUACAGAGCCCGUCGGCGUGGCAGGAGAGACGGAGUCUGUGCUGACAACAGGCUCCACACACGCCAUUUUCCCGUUCGUCGCCGUGCUAGAAGUCCCAGUAAUCGGACCAGCAUCCAACACGUUGCUGCGCUUUAUGGUGCACGCAAGCACGCUUGGAAAGCGUGAGACGUCUUCCAAUUAUCUGGAGCGUUCAAGCUCCAGCUCACGAAGUCAAGACUCGUCGAACCCGCAGCUGUCGUUCCAGAUGACAAUGUUCCACCCGGUACUGGAGUUUGUUACGUCGUCGCAGGCAGUGCUAGACGCAGCAGCAAGUGGUCACUCGUUGAACAUCCACCCGUCGGAUGACCACACGUGUGCUAUCCUCGAGGAAUUCCCGUCUCUACAGAGUGAGAUCAACAGCAUUUUGAUGGGCAACGCCAAGAACGCCGAGCUGAGUGUGCAGACAGUCAUGAUGCCUGGCGACACGUCGAACCGAGACGAAACUUCGUCGCACAAGAACAUUGGAAAUAUUAUCCGUUUCUUCCAGUACGACACGGAAGAUGGCGGCGGUGGUCUAGUGGUCGAAGAUCUGCAGGAGAGCGUGUACUCCAACGCGAUCCCGCGCCAGUUGAUCGAGUUGAUUGCUGCAGAGCGACAGGAACAGGCCGACCGUGCACGCGAGGACCUACACAGCUUCUUGAACCAGAAGAAGGGUAAGCAGAAUAUGGGUUUCUACGGUACUUUGAUCGGCCAGAUUCAGGACGAUACGGACUCUUCGCUUGCGCGCGAGUGGCUGGAGGACCGUGUUCGUCGACGCAAGGAGUAUGUGGCGAUGCUACGUAGAAAUAUUCAGUACUUGGUGAACCGCGACAAGCACAAGAAUUAUUUCAAGGCUAGCGUGGAGAAGAAGUCAGCCGAUUUGCGCUUUGUGCCGAUCAAUAUGCACAUCCAGGACCUGCUGAUUGGACCGACGAACGCGUUCAUCAACGACGAGCGGAGACGAUCGUCGAAGGAGGUAUCUGCGUACGACUUCACUACCGUUGGCGCGCCUGCAGCUCACGUAUACAAGUUCAACAAGGGCGGCAUUCUCUCGUACCAGAACAGACGCAAGAAAAUGGAGGCCAAAAUUGCAGACGCAGACCUGGAUCUGUCCAAGUGGCCCGAGGAAGUUCGCGAGUACGAUGAUCUUAAGUGGGAUCUGCAGCUACGAAUGGACUGCGCAUUUGCACAGGCAUUAGCAGCUCUUACGUGCAGCUUCGUUCGCAAAGUGGAGGUUGCAAUUCAGAACCCGGAUGUCAUCCGCGGUGAGGAUAUGUUGCGUCAGAUGUCCAGCUUGGGCUUCCUUUUCCAGGUGGAAUCGCUGUUGUCGACGCACGGCAAGGAGAUCGGCAUGCUGGAAGAUAUGGCUGGCUCGGUGGAGCAUCUGAGCUGUGUGGCGUUUGUGAUCCAAGAUGUUCGAGACAAACCAAUGAAUCGCUUCUCGUUCCGCAUGUCACGUCGUAAGGAUGUUGCUGACGAGGCUGGCGUGGUGAAGGUCACGGUCUCGAAUAAAACAGGAGCCAAGCGAUCGCAUAUCAAGUACAUUGUGACGGUCCAGGUCGCUACAAGUGAAGUGGAGCUACCUGAACGUCUGGCUGCUGGCGGUGAGAUCCACGUGACUCCUGUGUUGUUCUCACAAGGUAUCAACGAAAUGCAGACGAUUGCUAACAACACCGAACGCGCCAAGACUGAGCUGCAGGACAUCAUUAACUUCCGCAGUCUCAAGCCUUUGAAGGCGUUCUGCGAGAAGUACCGUCGUCUUGUAGUCGCCAUGCCGAACAGUGGAAUGAGCGGCUUGUCUUCAAGUCGCAGUCGUGCUGGAUCGCACCGCUACAAGGCUAUGUCCACAGACUCGACACUGACGUCACCAUUGCAUCUCACACAGGAUGAAGUGACACAAGAACUGCGUGCUCUCGAGACUUCAAUCAACGAAGCGGCUCAGAGUUUGGUGAAGACGAAGCGGACGGAAAUCCUCAAGCGCUCGUCAGAUUUGUGUCGGGAGCUCGGAGGUGGGCGUGUGACAGUAUGCAAGAGCGCCAAGGAUCGUACAGCCAUGUCGGUGACGCUAGAACAGGUGCGUAUCUUGCAGCGUCAUCACGAUCUCCCAGCACAUCGCGUCCCAGCCACCGUCUCCGUUAUGCGAAGCCACGGUGUUCGUAUCGAAAAUGCGCUCAAGAACACGGGCAAGCGUCAGUUCGCAUUCAACAAAUUACAACGCUCGCUUUUGCCGGAGGAUUAUCGUUGUCCUGAUCAAGUGGGUGGCACUGGCAACGUCAGUUAGAGCGCCACAUUCCAAGAAGGUCAGCAACAAAAGUCCGCAAGGGUAUACAGAUCUAAUAGUAAUUUUUGUGUUUUUUUUCAUUUUUAAUUUUUGACUUAAAGAUCAUUAAAGUGCAUUUGUGUGACGAAAGCUAAAGGUUGACUUUGGUUGAUACUUGAGCCUGGCACUUCGUUGUCCUUGGCUACUGCAGCAGCUUUGGCGAAGAAAAGCUCUGGACCGUGACGUGUUGGAGACGUAGCUAGUCGAGCGUCCGUCUCGAGCUGGUUGCGUUUUCGUAGUUUGGCCAUCAUUUCCUCAUCGGAAAUACCCUUUUCAGCUGCCACUUUUUGCUUUUCGGCCAACUGCAGUGGAAAGUUAGUGAAUUUUCAAGUUAUAAAAUACGAGUAACAAAA